CGCACGCAGAGCGGAGCAGACCAGUGCGACGGAGAGGGGCCUGGGCCCCACCCGGCGGGUGAAGAGGGGCCGGGCGCUCCCCGCACCUGCCACCAUCUCCGGGGCGGACGGACGGGAGCGUUACACGCCAGAGCUUCCCGUCGCUUGUUUUCCGUCGCCGACGCAGGGAGAUGACGUAUCCCCCGACCUCCCACGUCCAAGAUGGCUGCUGUGGGCGAGGACAGACGUCGCUAAGGGGCUUCCUUCAGGCGACGAGUGAGUGACCGACGGACCGGUGGCGGCGCCACCCACCUACCGCUUCCCUAAAAGUCGAGUAGACAUCCGAACACUGUCAGAGAACCUUUUGAAAAGAACAAGUCUGCUUCAAUAAAUGAAGGAGAAUAAAGAAAACGCAAGCCCUUCGGUGACCUCAGCGAACCUGGACCACACAAAGCCAUGCUGGUACUGGGAUAAGAAAGACCUGGCUCACACGCCCUCGCAGCUGGAAGGGCUCGACCCGGCCACCGAGGCCCGCUACCGCCGGGAGGGUGCUCGCUUCAUCUUCGACGUGGGCACGCGCCUGGGCAGGCACUAUGAUACCUUGGCAACUGGAAUAAUUUAUUUUCAUCGCUUCUAUAUGUUUCAUUCCUUCAAGCAGUUCCCGAGAUACGUCACGGGAGCUUGUUGUCUCUUUCUGGCUGGGAAAGUAGAAGAAACACCCAAAAAAUGUAAAGAUAUCAUCAAAACAGCUCGCAGUUUGCUAAAUGAUGUACAAUUUGGCCAGUUUGGAGAUGACCCAAAGGAAGAAGUAAUGGUUUUGGAGAGAAUCUUGCUGCAGACCAUAAAGUUUGACCUACAGGUAGAACAUCCAUACCAGUUCCUGCUCAAAUAUGCAAAACAGCUCAAAGGAGAUAAAAACAAAAUCCAAAAGCUGGUUCAGAUGGCAUGGACAUUUGUAAAUGACAGUCUCUGCACGACCUUGUCACUGCAGUGGGAACCAGAGAUCAUAGCAGUGGCGGUGAUGUAUCUUGCGGGACGUUUGUGCAAAUUCGAAAUACAAGAAUGGACCUCCAAACCCAUGUAUCGGAGGUGGUGGGAGCAGUUUGUCCAAGAUGUCCCUGUGGAUGUCCUGGAAGACAUUUGCCACCAAAUCCUGGAUCUUUACUCACAAGGAAAACAACAGAUGCCUCAUCACACACCUCAUCAGCUGCCGCAGCCCCCUUCACUCCCAUCGACACCACAAGUGCCACCAGUGCCACCGUCCCAGUCGGCCCAAGGCUCCGAACCGCCGCAGCCCCCACAGAAGGACCCGCAGCCAUCAGCCCAGCCGCCGCCGCCGCCACAGCAAGCCCAGCAGCCCAAGAAACCAUCCCCACAGCCGAGUCCGCCCCGCCAGGCGAAACGGGCCACGGUGGUUUCUCCCAAAGAAGAGAGCAAAGCAGCAGAUCCCCCACCGCCUAAAAUCCCCAAAAUCGAGACCACUCACCCUCCGCUGCCUCCGGCCCACCCACCACCAGACCGGAAGCCUCCCCUCUCAGCUGCCUUAGGCGAGGCCGAGCCGCCAGGCCCUGUGGAUGCCGGUGACCUCCCCAAAGUCCAGAUUCCUCCUCCAGCCCACCCAGCCCCUGUGCACCAGCCGCCACCACUGCCACACCGGCCACCACCGCCACCACCUUCCAGCUACAUCACCGGGAUGUCCACCAACAGCUCCUACAUGUCCGGAGAGGGCUACCAGAGCCUGCAGUCCAUGAUGAAGACCGAGGGUCCCUCCUAUGGCACCCUGCCCCCAGCCUAUGGCCCCCCGGCCCACCUGCCCUACCACCCUCACGUCUACCCCCCCAACCCACCCCCACCACCGGUGCCCCCUCCCCCGACCUCCUUCCCCCCGCCCGCCAUCCCUCCCCCCACUCCCGGCUACCCUCCACCUCCACCCACCUACAAUCCCAACUUCCCGCCUCCACCCCCACGCCUGCCCCCCACACAUGCUGUCCCACCUCACCCUCCACCAGGCCUGGGCCUGCCCCCGGCCAGCUACCCACCUCCAUCUGUCCCCCCUGGGGGACAGCCACCCGUGCCCCCACCCAUCCCCCCACCCGGCAUGCCCCCGGUUGGGGGGCUGGGCCGGGCGGCUUGGAUGAGAUAGCCUGAUGCCUCCCCCACCUUUUUUUUUAAACUAGUUUUUCUAAUCAACCUGAAGGGUAGUUGGAGUGAGUAAGCAGCAGGGUACCUUGUAUAACGCUAGACAGGCGCAGUAGAGGGGGACAUGGCGGUGCUCCCCACCUGGGGAAGGGACCGUGGGUGUCCACUGAGGGCAGAGUCCUGCACUGGGUGACUCGAUGCUAGUGAGAAUGUAAACAGCCACGUUGGCUCAAGAAAUAGCAUCCGUGAGGAGUGAGUUUCCUUCUAGAAAUCAGUGCCUAAUUUUCCUGGAUACUCAGUUUUAAAGUCCUGUCCCAUCGGAAGUCACACUGUUGUCAUCGCUGUCAUUCUGUGUUCCCUCCCAUGACCCUCGGUCGGAAGGACCACUAUUUUGAUUUAGAGUUAAUUACAUCCUUUGCAUUAAAGUAAUUUUGAAGGGGUUGCCUGGUUGGAUGGCUUUUUUGUUUGUCCUCCAGGAAGAAGGGGAGGGAAGUGCUUGGAAAGUAAUGUAUGUUUACAUCAACCUGCAAAUUCCUGUACAUAGAGAUAUAUAUUUUUUAAGUGUGAAUGUAACAACAUACUCUGAAUUCCAUCUUGGUUACAAACGAGACUCCUUCGGUCAGUUGCCCAAAUAAAAGCAGUUCUGAAAUCUGUCUGUUUACUG